AUGUCUUAUAAUGGGAUCGGACUACCGUCUGCCAAGGGAUCCUCCACUUCGGGUCACAUACAGAGAUCGUUAGCUUCAACUGAGGAUAGAGAUAAGAAUAAAGGGAAAGCUUUUCUUAAGAGGCAAGCAGAAGCUAAAAGGUUAAAGAACAGAAUAGAUACAAAUCGUGUACAGAAAAUAGAUGCAAGAGACAAAAACAGUGUUAGUGAUGUGAAACGUGAUUCUCUCAGAGAAAUAGAACUACGUGUGUCAGAGUUAAGGGAUAACUUAGAAGAUAAAAUGGACGCAUCAUCGGAUAGUGAAUUAACUCCAGAAGAUAUUGAUAAACAGUGCCAACAACUUAGAGAUCGACUAAAAAAAGAUUAUCGUACUCGUACAGCAUACACAGCUAGAGAUAAGCGACAUCUAACCAGUGAGGCUAACACCAUCAACAAUAAAUAA